CUUGGCUACGCGUAUCUCUCUCCCGAUAAUUUUGGGGAGGGAGAGAGACAGUGAAGUCUUUUAGUUUUCAAGAGACAAAAUCAAAUAAAGCUUUCCUUAUAUUUACUCCCUAAUACACCUUCUCACAUCUACGACCACCACCUCCUCCUCCGCCACCGGAAAAUUCUCACAUUUUGUCUUCGUAUCUUAAUCAGACUAGUAGUAGUUCAGUUUGCAUCAGGAAUGGAGAGCUUGAAGUCUCCAUUCAAGGGAAUAGUCAAAGAUGUGAAAGGAAGAGCUGCAUGCUAUAAGGACGAUUGGACUAAUGGAUUAAAAACUGGCAUUAGGAUAUUGGCUCCAACUACUUAUAUCUUUUUUGCUUCUGCGCUUCCUGUUAUUGCCUUUGGAGAGCAAUUGAAUAGGGAUACAGAUGGAAGUCUGAGUACAGUGGAAGCCUUAGUUUCUACAGCUAUUUGCGGAAUAAUCCACUCAAUUUUUGGAGGUCAGCCAUUGUUGAUAGUAGGAGUUGCGGAACCAACGAUUAUAAUGUAUACUUAUUUGUACAAGUUCAGCAUAGGAAGGGAAGAGUUAGGCCAGAAAUUGUACUUAGCCUGGGCUGGUUGGGUUUGUGUUUGGACAGCACUUAUGCUUUUUCUGCUAGCAAUUUUUAAUGCUGGCAAUAUCAUCAUUAAAUUUACAAGAAUUGCUGGUGAGCUUUUUGGAAUGUUGAUUACAGUUCUUUUCUUUCAAGAGGCUAUCAAGGGACUUGUUAGUGAAUUUAAUAUUCCCAAACAUGCAAAUCCCAAAUUGGAACAAUACCGAUUCCAAUGGUUGUAUGCAAAUGGGUUGCUUGCAAUCAUUUUCUCAUUGGGUUUGCUGGGCACUGCCCUCAAAAGCAGAAAAGCGAGGUCAUGGCGGUAUGGCACAGGAUGGUUUCGAAGUUUUAUUGCAGACUAUGGGGUUCCCCUAAUGGUAUUGCUGUGGACUUUGAUGUCUUAUAGUGUACCAAGUAAAGUUCCUACAGGAGUUCCUAGGAGGCUGUAUUGUCCUCUUCUUUGGGAUUCUGCAUCAAUGUAUCACUGGACUGUAGUUAAGGAUAUGGGGAAGGUUCCAUUGGUUUACAUCUUUGCUGCAAUUGUACCAGCCAUUAUGAUAGCAGGGCUAUACUUUUUUGACCACAGUGUAGCUUCACAGCUGGCACAACAAAAGGAGUUCAAUCUCAAAAAUCCAUCAGCUUACCAUUAUGACAUCUUGCUGCUCGGAUUUUUGACAUUAAUUUGUGGGUUGCUUGGACUCCCUCCUUCAAAUGGUGUUCUUCCCCAAUCACCCAUGCAUACUAAGAGCCUUGCAGUUCUUAAGAAGCAGUUGAUCCGAAAGAAGAUGGUAAAAAGCGCCAAGGAAUGCAUCGAAAGGAAAGCAAGCAACAAAGAAAUUUAUGGAAAGAUGCAAGCUGUUUUCAUAGAAAUGGACACAGCUCCACCUACUGCUUCAGUAGAUAAAGAGUUGGAAGAUUUGAAAGAGGCUGUAAUGAAAAAUGAUGAUGGAGGGGGUGCAAACGAAAUAUUUGAUCCAGAUAAACAUAUUGAUGCUUACCUGCCUGUAAGAGUUAAUGAACAGAGGGUGAGUAACCUAUUACAAUCGCUGCUUGUUGGAUUAGCAACAUGUGCUCUGCCCAUAGUAAAAAAUAUACCUACUUCAGUUCUCUGGGGAUACUUUGCAUACAUGGCCAUUGAUAGUCUCCCAGGGAACCAGUUCUGGGAAAGGAUAUUACUGCUCUUCAUUCCUGCAAAACGGCGGUACAAACUAUUGGAAGGUGUUCAUGCUUCAUUUGUGGAGUUGGUGCCGUUCAAGCAAAUUGUUAUAUUUACGCUCUUCCAAUUUGUAUACCUUCUGAUUUGUUUUGGGGUGACAUGGAUACCCAUAGGCGGUGUAUUGUUUCCACUGCCAUUCUUCUUACUCAUUGGCAUAAGGCACUCUAUCUUUCCCAAGGUGAUUCAUCCUCGAUACCUUCAAGAACUAGAUGCUGUUGGAUAUGAAGAGUUUGCUGGACAGAGUCAUUUGCUCAGGGAGAAUGACAUGGAGAAUGAAGUAACAAGUGAAGAUGAUUUUUACGAUGCUGAGAUAUUGGACGAAAUGACAACCCACAGAGGCGAGUUGAAGCUCAGAACCUCAAGCUUCAAGGAAGACAAAUUCAGUCAGAUUUAUCCACAGGAACCUGAAGGGUGAUAGCAAUUAGAAGGUAGAGACAAGGAAGAGCUCAUUACAUUGAAGAUGGCCGUUAUAAUCUUGUGUCUUGCGAGAAGCGAAGUGGUAAAGCAUAAGACACUACAAGGAAGCAUCACCAAAGCAUUUCGCCAAAAUAAUUUCAUUCAAUAUAGAAGAGCAAUUAUGAAAAAAAGGUUGAGAGAAUGACAACAAAUCAAGGAAACAUUAACCUUUUCAAAGAUAAGGGGGAGAGAUACAAGAGCUUCAAUUUUUUAUUUUUUAUUUACUUCUUUUGUCGUUAAAUCAUUUUCAAGUUCUAUAAGUAGCAAAAGAGCAUUAGAUAAUUAACAGGUAGAACAGGACAUGAGAAUUAGAGAAGACUCGAAGAUUCAGAUGCAGUACUUGCAAUUCUACUUUUUUUUUUUUUUUUCCUCCAAAAUUGAUGAAACGGUUUUAUUGUUUCUUGGAGAAAAAAAUAGUGAUUAUUAUAGGAAACUCUUCUAUUUAAUUCCUUUGCUGUUUCUUUUUUAGUCUUACGUUGGACAUAACUUAUUUCAAGUUUUAUUAGUUUUACUGUUGAAGUUGUCAAA